AUGAAGUUCUCGCUCGCUCUCCUCGCUCUCGUUCCCGCCGUGGCGCUCGCUGCCCCCAUUGAGCCCCGCCAGGGCGGCGUCUCGGUCAACUGCGGCGGUGUCUCGUACACCUCGACGCAGGUCAACCGCGCCAUCAACAACGGUCUCAGCGGCAAGUACAGCAGCUCUGGCUACCCCCACACCUACAACAACUACGAGGGUUUCGACUUCUCCGACUACUGUAACGGUCCCUACAAGGAGUAUCCCCUGAAGACCUCGUCGACUGGCUACACAGGCGGCUCGCCCGGUGCUGACCGUGUCGUCUACGACAGCAACGACGGCACCUUCUGCGGCGCUAUCACCCACACCGGCGCCUCGGGCAACAACUUCGUCCAGUGCUACUACUAA